CAAAAAACCUCUGUAGAUCCCACCGGAAGAAUCGUUUCAACAAGAGGGCAGCAAAAACGCCCACUCAUCAUUGACGACAGUUGUCACACCUGUUUCUGGGACGCCGACGUGCAAUUGAAUCACACCUAAAAUGACGAAAGCUUCCACCAACGAGCGAACACCGUUUUUUUCGAUUCUCCCUCCAGCCUUUGGCUCGAUCGCCAAGAAGAGAGAUAAUCCGAAAUCCGCAAGAAACGUCAAAAGUCCGAGUUCGAACCAGACAACGCAGUCGCUGGCGAGAAAAUCCUCUAUGGAACGCAUGACCCAGGCCUUUCGGGACUCCAUGAGGUGUUCUCCGGACGAGGCAGAAUCGAAAACGAGCGAGGAAGAUCGUACCAAUUGCAUAGACGUCGGAAAGCUUUUGUCCGCAAUGGACGAAAUGAAAAAAUGCAUGGAGGUUUUUGGCAUGCAGCGGGGGCCAAACGAUUUGAAAGCCCACAUCGAUAGGGUGGAACUCUUGUACAAGGCAACGCCCCUGGAAAAAAGGGACUGUCUUUCCGGUUUCAUGUCGUCGAAGCCUUAUCCCACCGAGUCCCUUGUCGAUUCACUGACGAGAAAGAGAUCGAUUUCUAUAUCAAGAACCGAACCGUCGCCAAUUCCGCCCUCUCCCCCUCCCCUUGCUGCUGCCGCCGAAAACGACGCAGGAGUGCCCGGGAAUUCCGAGACAAACAGGGAAGAAGCGCCCGAUGGCGUUGAAAGCGGUGGGACACAAACAGACGGGGGAGCGGAGAAUGCUGCCAGCCCCUCCGAGACAACUAGUAGCGAGGACAACGAUCCAUUGGAAUCGCCGUCACCACAGCUGCUCCAGAUCGAUAGGCACGAUCGAAAGAACGCAAAACAAUCCAUGUUUUGGCUGUGCUACUACGUGCGAUAUUUGUACGAGUUUCACCGGUUGGUCUUGCAGCGGAAGCACGACCCUGUCGAUGCUUCCACGAUGUCCUUCAUGCAGUUUCUGUACCCUUAUUUUAAAGAAUACUAUGACAGCAAAGACGCCAAGAAGUUUCUGAAGGUGGUGGCGGAUUACCGUACUGAACACUUCCUUGGUCAAGGUCCUAGCGUUGUCAACAAACAACCGAGCCGGGAACUGAGUUCGUUCCUCGCCAUAUUGGAGGUGGUGAUGUAUCUUUGGACACCCGCUCUGAAAGAAAUGGCACUGAAAGGGAGACUCAUCAACCAAUAAAGAUCUGAAAGGAUGGUCCAUUGCACGCAAAGCGUCCUCUCGCUUGCUCCUUACGGUUAUUUUUGCUGGACAGCGCCACUAGGGCGGCUGAACAACCCCGGGCUGUGUCGGUCAUAUUUUCUGCAACAGAACAACAAUUGCUCAGAAUCACAACAGAGACAACUCGAAACACCUUCGCCUAAUGACCUCUCUACGAAAUUUAGAAU